AUGAUCCAGAGUCUCGUUCUUCCUCUUUCCUCUUCCAUACCUGCAAGAGUUCAUACCGGAACGUUUCAUCCUCAACUCUCAUCCCCCAGCUUCGCUGGUCAACUUUCAUCAACCAACAUGGCUUCCCUCAACAAGCUUGCCAUUCGAGGUAUCCGAUCAUUUGACGACAAACAUGUGCAGGUCAUAGAGUUCUACUCACCAUUGACGGUGAUAGUAGGUCAUAAUGGAAGUGGGAAGACUACGAUUAUUGAAUGUCUCAAAUACGCUACAACCGGUGAUAUGCCGCCAAAUACCAAAGGGGGAGCUUUCGUUCAUGAUCCCAAAAUGGCUAACGAGAAAGAGGUCAAAGCUCAAGUCAGACUGAGAUUCUGGAAUGUCAAUAGACAGAGAAUGACAGUGACGAGAAACCUUCAAGUGACAACUAAGAAAACGGGUGCAUUGACUAUGAAAACUCUGGAAGGUAUCUUAGCUAAAACUGAUCCAGACGGUGGUGAAGGAAAGAGAAAUACAAUAUCAACGAAAUGUUCAGAGAUGGACGAAGAAGUGCCAUUAUUAUUAGGUGUAUCGAAGUCGAUAUUGGAAAAUGUAAUUUUCUGUCAUCAGGAGGAAUCGAAUUGGCCUUUAUCUGAGCCUGCUGCCUUGAAGAAGAAAUUUGACGAUAUAUUCGAAGCUACAAAAUAUACCAAAGCUCUGGAUAAUAUCAAAGCUCUUAGGAAAGAAAGAACAGCCGAGCUGAAAGUUGAUAAGGAAAGAUUGAAGUUCCUCAAAUCGGAUAAGGACAAGGCUGAGCGAAUGCGAAAAGACCUUCAAGAUGCUAUCAACCAAGAGAACUCCAAGCAAACUCAGCUAGAAAACCUUAAAGAACAGCUAGAGCGCAUCAAAGGUCGUAAUGCCGAUUUUUACAAUGAAGCAAGAGAGUUCAGAGAGAUUUUCGAAAGAUCUGAAUCCCUUAAAGACAAGAAGAAGAUGUAUGAAGAGAACAGACAACAUGCUCUCAACACCAUGAACGUGAUGAAUGAAAGUACUGAGGAGUUGCAACAUAUGCUGAACAACUUCGAUGCCCAUCUGCGAUCCAUCGAAAGUAAGAGAGCUACCCAAGAAUCUCUCAAGGAGAAAGAGGAGGGCAUACUUGAAGACCUGAGAAAUAAGGAAAGAAGUCUGGCUAGCAAACAAGGUGGUCUGCUUGCUAAUCGAAGGAUGUACGAGAAGAACCUUCGUGAACGAGAAGCUGUCAUCAGAGAAGUUGCCAAAACUCAUGAUUUCCCGGGAUACGAUUAUUCACCCUUGGAAGAUCACAAGAUCAUGGAGUUUGUCGAGAAGAUGCAUGAAUUGGUGAGAAAAGCUGAGAAUGAUCUGAAGAAGCUUCAGGCUGAGAACUCGCGCAAAGAACGAGAAUUGCAAGCUGAACUCGAUAAGCUAUCUAACAGCAAAGCAUCUGCUUUAGCUACCAAGCGAAGUAAACAAGAACAGAUCGCAAAGCUCAACGACAAAAUCCGAUCAUCUGAAGCAUCAUUCGACUCCAUCACAUCGCUUGACGCUGAGAUAUCGAUUCUCCAAGGGAAACUAACGGAGAACGAAGAGCAGAAAUCUCGAUUGGAGACUGAGAUCAGAGAAUCAAGAUAUGAUGAGCAAAUCAGAGAAAAGGCGAUGCUUGUCAGACAGAAAGAAGCUGAGAGAGAUAGAAUCAAUGCGGAAUUGUCGGCUUUGAAUAGACAAGCUGAUUCAAGAGCUCAAUUGACGAUUAAGAGAAAUGAAGUGGGCGGCAAGACCGCUCAGGUCGAUAGUAGUAUUGCAACACAUGCUACGAGGUUCAAAGAGCUUGUUGGAACUGAUAUUGACGCUGAAACGAUGGAGGAUAAGAUUGCCCUUGCCUCAGGGCGCAAAGACCGAGAGCUUCAAGAUGCUGAAGCCGCAUCUGCAGCCGUCAAUCGAAAUGUUUCCCAGUCACAGACUUCUCUUAACAUCGCAAAACAAACGCUCAAGUCGAAGAAAGAUGAACUAAGUCGUCUGGAAAAAUCCGUUCGAGAUGGUCUUGCCGCUGCUGAGACUGAGAAGACUACUGUCGAUGAAGCUGUUGAAGAAGCUAUGGAAGAGGUUGAUUAUCGCAGAAAUCAAAUCGCUAAUGCUCAACAGAACAAAGCGCUUUGGGAGAAGUUCGCUCAAGUAGCUAAGACGAAACACAAGUGUUAUGGAUGUGAUAGAGAAAUCUUACAUGACCAAGAACGAGUGAUCAAUCGUUAUGUACAAACCCGGAUUGAUUCAUACUCACCUGAAGGACUUAAAGAGUACAAGGAAGAGGAAGAGCAAUGGAACAGCGUCUUGCAGUCUCUACGAAAGCUUCAACCUUCAGUUGCACAAUGCGCGGAGUUGAGGGAGAACGUCAUCCCAUCGUUGGAGAAGCAGGUGCAAGAGGAGGCUGAAGCUUUGGAGAAAGCUCAAGAAGAGGUUGAGGAGGCCAAAACACAAGUCCAAAAGGCAAAAUUGGCGACACGAGAUUUACAAAAUCUCAAAUCCGCUGCUGCCUUAGUAUCGCGAACCAUAACCGAACUGAAAGAGCUCAAAUCUGAUAUAUCGAGGCUGGAAAGGGAUCUGGAAAGUACAGGAUCCCUUAAGACUGUUGAAGAGGUACAGAGAGAAGUCGAUCAAGUUACUAAUGAAAUUAAAACCCUCUCUCGAGAUCAACAGUCUCUCAAUGCCGAAAAGGAACUCAGGACAAACGCUCUUAGAAGUGCUGCAGAUGAUAUCAGUCGAAAGACUCUAAAGAUGGGAGAGCUGAGAUCGCAGCAGGAAAGACGAAUGAGAGAGGAACAAGCUUUGAAAGAGAUGAGAGAAGGUCUAGAAGGGUUGCAGGCUGAAUUAAAGGAUCUCGAUGCUGCUGCUCAGAAUGCCGAGGCACCCUGGAGGCAGAAGAAUGAAGCGCUCAAUAGGUACCGAGCUGAACGACAGAACUCGGAGAACGAUGCAAGUCUUCAAGUGGGAUUGUACCAAUCUAGUAUGAGUGAAGUGGAGGGUAAGCAUCGAGCAUGUCAAACGUAUAUUGCCGAGGGAAAUGAUCGACAGAUCCGAGAAGUGGAAGCUUCUCUCUCAGAUAUCAAACGAGAAAUAUCGGUAGCUCAAGAUGCGCGAACGACUAUCGAAUCUACGAUCGCAUCGUUAUCAUCUGAAUUAUCAAAAGCUGAAUCCCUCAAAGGAAAUAUCAGUAAUAAUCUGAAAUAUCGAGACGAUGGUAAAAGAGUGGCUGAAGUUCAGAAGGAAUUGGACAGUCUGGAUUUGGAGUCGGCCGCUAAGAGUAGGAAAGAGUUCAGUGAGAAGUAUAGGGAUAUGAUGGAUGAGGAGGAGGAAGUAGGUGGGAAGGUACAUUUGUAUUCUGGUCAAUUGUUGGCUAUGACUGAGAAUAGGAAGAAGACUGAGAAGACGCUCAAGAGCGAUUAUAAGGAUAUUGAUAAACAGUUCAAGGAUCAGUUGAUCAAGACGAAAGUCAGCGAACAUGCAAAUAAUGAUUUAGAGAAAUACGGAAAGGCAUUAGAUAAUGCUAUCCUGAAGUACCACUCGAUUAAAAUGGAUGAGAUCAACGACACUAUUGGGCAUUUAUGGAAUAAGACAUAUCAGGGAACAGAUAUCGAUGGUAUUCGAAUUGUAUCCGAUCACGAUGAGACAACCUCAACUUCGACUAGGAAAUCAUACAAUUAUCGAGUAGUCAUGGUCAAGAAUGAUGUUGAACUGGAUAUGAGAGGAAGAUGUUCGGCAGGUCAGAAGGUUCUGGCUAGUAUCAUCAUUAGAUUGGCAUUGGCAGAGAGUUUCGGUCAAGGAUGUGGUGUAUUAGCUUUGGAUGAACCCACAACGAAUCUUGAUCAGGAGAAUAUUAAUGCUUUAGCUGAAGCUCUAGCCGAGAUCAUCCGAGAGCGAAGGAAACAAGCCAAUUUCCAAUUGAUCGUUAUUACCCAUGAUGAAGGGUUCUUGCAGAGGUUGGCUGCUUAUGAUGUGGUAGACUUUUACUGGCGAGUAUCAAGGGAUGCUUCCCAGAAGAGUAUCUUGGAGAGACAGAGGGUUGCCUAG